GAAUGUUCGAUUUUUUCGAGGUUUGAUUCUUUGGGGGAUAUUUCAUUAUUUUGUCCGUGGCUUCAAUUCAAAUUCUGGUUGCAUAUCAUUUAAAGAGGUCCGCACUGAAGAGGCGCGAGUUGGCGUGAUGGUCCCACGCUCACAACUCAUUUUCGGUAUACCCGCAGCCCAAGGCCAACCAUUGCAGAUAAGCAACCACCUUCCUAUCCGACACUUGUCAAUCAUAUACUAUUUCAAUAUCAUUUCAUUCCAUGGUAGCAUUCCUAUAGCAAGUUUUGGGAUUUUGAGAAUCGAAGAAUUGGUGCCGAUUCUAUAGAGAUCGUACCUUUUAAAUCAAACCCACCAACUGUUUGAUCAAAAGAUCAACUGAAGCCGCCAAAUUUUAAAAAGAAUGACAACCGCUUCUUUGAGUUCCACAACCCUCGUUCAAUCACAGAUUAAUGGGUUCGGCAAGCUUCUAAAACCCUCCGUCUUUCAACCCACUUACACAAGGAGAGCGAUUAGCACUGUUGUGAAGGCUUCUCGCGUUGAUAAAUUUUCAAAGAGCGAUAUCAUUGUUUCUCCAUCGAUUCUGUCAGCAAACUUCGCUAAGUUGGGAGAACAGGUGAAAGCCGUGGAUGCGGCAGGUUGUGAUUGGAUUCAUGUUGAUGUAAUGGAUGGACGUUUUGUUCCUAAUAUAACAAUCGGACCUCUUGUUGUGGACGCAUUGAGGCCAGUGACAGAUCUCCCAUUGGACGUUCAUCUGAUGAUUGUUGAACCUGAGCAACGAGUUCCCGACUUUAUUAAAGCUGGAGCAGAUAUUGUCAGUGUCCAUUGCGAGCAAUCUUCCACUAUCCAUUUACACAGAACAGUUAAUCAAAUCAAGAGUCUCGGAGCCAAAGCUGGAGUUGUUCUGAACCCCGGGACUCCAUUAUCCACCAUAGAAUAUGUUCUUGAUGUGGUGGAUUUGGUUUUGAUCAUGUCUGUAAAUCCUGGAUUCGGUGGUCAAAGUUUUAUUGAGAGUCAAGUAAAGAAGAUCUCAGACUUGAGGAGAAUGUGUGUGGAGAAGGGUGUGAACCCAUGGAUCGAAGUAGAUGGUGGAGUUACUCCCCUCAAUGCAUACAAGGUUAUUGAGGCUGGGGCCAAUGCUUUGGUUGCUGGUUCUGCUGUUUUUGGAGCUAAAGAUUACGCUGCAGCAAUCAAAGGUAUCAAAACCAGCACAAGACCCGUAGCAGUUCCUGCAUAAAAAACUUGUCAACUUCAUAUGUGAUUUCCGCACUCGUUAUCUCUAGAUGAGGAAUUCCAUGGCAAACAUUGUGUUGGAUCUUGGUGUUGUAACAUUCAUCAUUUGCUGAAGGAUGUACAAAUAGGGCCCAUUCAUAAACAGACAGAAGGUGCCUUUGUAGCAUUGUCUUGAUAUAGAAGCGUAAAUAAGUUUUGUUUCAUUGUAAUGGAUAAUAAUACAGUAUUGUUGGAAAUUUAUCUUUUCAAAAUGGCACAAAAUAUAGGGCCCUAAAAUAUAAUAAAUAA